AUGGGUAACGGUGCUAAAGCAGCUCACAAGAGAGAAAAGGCAGGAGCCAAGGUAGCAGGUAAAGGAGAGAGUUCUCAAUUGAAGUCCAACGCUGCCGCUCAAACGAUCCAAUGCGAAACUUGUAAAGCUACUUUCCAGGGAACCUCCAAACAACCUCAACUCCAAUUACACGUUGAUAGCAAACACUCCAAAUCGGAUUUCAAGACCUGUUUCCCAAAAUUCGUCGCUGCUUAA